GCGACAUCAAGGCUUUGGAAGAGUGCACAGACCUCAAGCUCCUAAGUCUUAGAGGAGCUACAAUCAUGGGUGACAUCCGGGCGCUUGCGAACAUGAAGCUGCUGAAGAAGGUGGAUCUCCGUGGCACCCAAGUUUCUGGUGACGUCAAGGUCUUUGAGGGAUUGGCGGGCUUACGGGUUCUUUUAAUCAAACGCACACCAGUCUAUGGCGACAUCCAAGCCUUCCAAGCAUCAGUGCAGCUUUACCGUCUUGAACUCUCAGGCACACAAGUCUAUGGUGACAUUCGUGCCUUCGAGGCCACUCGCAGGUUACGGCGUCUGAGUCUCACGGCCACUCGAAUUUCAGGUAACAUCCAGGCCUUUGAGAAGACCAAGUUGUUGGAAGAUCUUAUAUUGAGCCUCACCGAGGUUGAAGGCGAUAUCAAAGCCUUUAAUACCACGCGGCGCUUACAACAGCUGCACUUGGCAUCCACAAAUGUGUGUGGAGAUAUCGUCGCCCUGCGGGGUGCCACGCUUCUCCGGGACAUCUUCCUUAGAUCAACCAAUGUGCAGGGCGACAUUGAGGCAUUUGUUUCCACAUCAAGCUUAGAGAAGUUGAUGCUUGGCGAAAGCAAGGUGUCUGGAAAUGUGGGUAUUCUCAAUUCGACUGCCUUCAGCAAACUGUGGAAACUAGAGUUGGACCACACAAAUGUGGUUGGAAAUGUUGUCUUUAUCGGCUCUCUCCCUGCGCUGCAAGUAGUGAAUCUUGCAGCGACGCGCGUUUGGGGCGACAUUGACGUUUUCGGCCGCAACAAGAGACUUGAAGCUGUUUAUUGUCAGAACAUGGACUUGAAGGGGGAUAUCCGAAGCUUUGAGCACCUUACGUUGCUGACUUACGUGGACAUGUCCUUCACCAAAGUAGCUGGAGAUGUCGCAGUCUUCGCAGGCAAGCAGUUUCUUCACACUUUGAAGCUUGCGUCGACCAGGGUCUUCGGUGACAUCGGAGAUUUGGUCUCGUGGGACAAUGUCUUCGAGGUUCUGGAGCUCUCCUCCACAUCAGUCGCUGGAAACGUCUGGGUGUUUCAACAUGCCUCUUAUCUCAAGGAGCUCUACCUUGCAGAUACCCAGGUGACCGGAAGUAUGGAUGGCAUUUUACAUUGGGAAAAGGUGCAAGUUAUUGACCUCUCGAAGACUUUGGUGGAAGGAAGAUUAACACGUCGCUGGCGUGGCUGCUGCAAGGAGUUGCGCACUCUGAGGCUUUCUGACCCGGGCUCAGGCAGCGGAGUUCAAUUCAUCCCUGCUGGUGAUGAUCGGGUGGAUUUGCUGCAGUUGCCGCAGUAUAUGCACCCGGACCAGGCAAUACUUCCUGCGUUGACAACGCUGGAGGUGUCAGGUUGCCAAUUACAGGGGCCAGCUUCCGAUCUGCUACUUCCGCUCGCAUUCUGCGAGCACUUGGGUAGCGUUCUGGCCGCAGAAUCCGGGCUGACCGGAGACCUUCCAACCACUGACCCGCUGAAGGCUUUCAGUGCGGGUGCUUACGGAAUCUAUAAUGACGUCCGUAGCCCUCUUUCAACUUCGCUGGAGGUCUUGGACUUGUCAGGGAACAACCUUAGUCGCAUUGCAGCCGUCCCACAGGCAAUGCACUCAAUAGGCUUGUCUUCGAACAAGCAGCCUCUCCAGCUGGCGGAGGGUGUGCUAACAAAAGCUUGCAAAUCAAAAGUGUUGAUUGACCUGAGGGGCACUUCUCUGGACGACGGUUCCUUGUACGAGAUACGCAAGUUGAUUGAAACAGGUGCGGUGAGUCUGACCAAGCAACAAGGAGCAUUUGUGCGCCCUUCGAAGGGCUACAAAUGCUUUGACCUCGACAGGAGCAGCACGACACUACAAGUGACGCCAUCCACAAUCAUGCCGCAUGAGUGGUGCACCUGUCUAAGAGGCUGGUCCGGUGUGGGGACCAACUGCACGGAAUGCCCUGAGAAUUUUUUCAGCCACAAGCCAAACUUGUCGAGCUGCACGCCCUGCCCGGCGCACACCAAAAGCUCCAAACGAUCCAAAGACGUACACGACUGCAAGUGUCAGGUCGGGUCCUUGCACAGGGUGAAAGGUGAGUGGCUGUGCGGAUGUCCUGAUGAUCAAGCUUUGCUGAACGACAACUGCGUGCCAUGUCCUGCCCGCCAUUUGAAUUGCUCCGGAUACUCCAGCAACGCGACCACCGCACAACCUCUCCCGGGCUACGCUCGUUUGGAACUUAAGGCUGAUGAAGCCUUCCAGUGCCUGGACAGAAAGCGUUGCCCUGGCGAUGGUAGGGCUGCCUCGGGCCUUGGCUGUGGAAGUGGCUACGACGGCCCACUGUGCACGGGCUGCCACGAGACAUUCUUCGCCGCAGGCAACUCUUGUCUCCCGUGCUCCAACAAAGACCAGCACAUACCCGCCCGGGUGAUCCAUGCCAUGGCCUGCGUCACCAUCGUGGCUUUGUUGUGGGCCGGCGUGGUGGCCGUCGCCUACUUCGUGUAUUCCUGGCGUCCCGGGCAGUGGCUAGAAGCGCAGUUGCAGACAUUGCGCCAGGCCGUGUUCGCUGAGGGAGUUGUUGGCUCCUUGCAGGAGAAGCUCCUCAAAAGCCAGGCGCCCAUCUUACUCCAGAUGUGCCAGCUUUGGGUCGUCUUGGCCGUGCUGGCCAGAAACAAAGAGGAGGACGGUCACGAGGCCUCUUCGAGCAGACUCUGGGAGCUGCCCUACAUGCAAACCUUGCAGUUUGCCAUCGGGAACUUGCAGGAGCUGCUCUACUUGCAAUGCUACCUUGGAGGGCCCCCUGUUCGGCUGGCCCUGGCCAUCCUCACGCCGGUGCUACCCCUCGCGCUGCUGCUAUGCAGCUCGGGCAUUGAGGUCUUCCGACGUGGAGCAGGAGUCAGCGCAGCGUUGAAGGUCCUGCCGAUUUUCUUCAUCGGAGGCGCGUCGAAGUGCUUCGCACUACGCAGCUGCCAGCUUUUUGAUGCAGGAGGCGAGCCACUCGAGAACUUCGCUUUCCUGAGGCAGCUGCCCGAUCUUCGUUGCGACCAAGAUGUGGCCUGGGCCGACUCUUCGCCGGUAUCCUCAGUUUUCUGGCCUUGCGCAAUAUGCUACGGCAUCCUGAUUCCCUGCUUCCUCUUCUACCUCUACUUUCGCCAGCACGUGCUUCUGCGCUACAGCCGGGUUCCCUUGCAACUCACGCAGGGCGGCAAGGAGCAGCACUUGGCGGUUGGUGUGCAGGACAGGAUGCUGGAGAGGCGCGUGGUGGCAGCUGCAGUGGCCUACAUUGCCAUGAUGCAGCAAGGCACCGUCAGAAUCCAACUCAGAAGCGGGAAGGGGAGACUUGGCGAACGUUAA